AUGUUUACUGGUCAUGAUUUCUCUGGAAUGGAUUUACAUGGGUGUUAUGAAUUUCUAGAAAGGUUUGUUGGAGACCUUUUUGAGAUACUUUAUUACUCAGCACGUGAUCUCACUAUAGCAAAUGGUCUUAGGGUAAUAAUUAACGAAAUGGAUUAUCACGUGUUUAUCGAUGUUGAAGGUACUCUUAUUGAGCAUUAUGCUAAGCUCUGCUUUUGUGGAGAGGAAAUUAAAAGAUGCAACACUGGUUCAAUAGUCAGCAUGGAUGUUGUUACAAUGUCAGAUAGAACUAAUAAUUUUAGUAAGUAUUAUGUUUGUUUUGAUGGUGUAAAGAAGGGGUGGUUAGAAGGGUGCAGGAAGGUGAUUGGAAUUGAUGGUUGCUUUUUGAAAGGGUAUGUUACUGGUGAGUUGCUUUGUGCUGUGGAGAGAGAUGCUGGGGACCAAAUAUACCCAAUUGCCUGGGGCAGUGGUAUGUGUUGA